AUUCAGCACCUCGGCUAGCUCCUUCGGGUGCAAUUCGCCAUCUGGCACUAGGACCGUGUAUUUCUACUGGGAAUGGACCAAGAUUAUAAUUCCUGCAAAAAAAUUAGAGGAAUCCUUAAACGAUGCAUUACAGUCACGUUUAAACCCUUCUUUCCGCGAGUUUUCGAGAUUCGUGUGAUACCUAUCGAUAGAUAUAUCCUGGAAAGUGUAAAGGUGUUUUGGAAUGUAAACGGUUCUUAGCUAUUGAUAGCACAAUACUACGAAAAGCACAAUGCUGACCUACUGCUGCUUCUACUUAAUAAUUCAGAUUGCUUUUCAUUACGAGGAUAUUGUACUGUGAGCCUGCAAUACCAUUUGGAAUAGUCAUAUCAUUUGUAUACGACGGCAGUUGUAGAAAUACAACUCGUUUUUGGAUCAAGAUGGUGUCCAGAUACAAACCGAGUCCCAGCUCGACCAUGUCCUUGGCAUUCUGUGGCAAUGACAACAAUUCAGCUGCAUACAACGUAGACCGGGGAGUGCUGAACAACGGCUGCUUCCUGGACGCCCUCAGCAUAGUGCCACAUGUAUUCCUGCUAUUUAUAACCUUCCCUAUACUAUUCAUAGGGUGGGGCAGUCACAGUUCCAAGGUUCACAUACAUCACAGCACAUGGCUGCAAUUCCCAGGCCACAAUUUAAGAUGGAUCCUGACAUUUAUUCUCCUGUUUGUGCUGGUGUGUGAAAUUGCAGAGGGCAUAGUGUCGGAUGGGAUGGAGUCCCGCCACCUGCACCUCUACAUGCCUGCUGGACUGGCAUUUAUGGCUGCGGUUACAUCCAUCAUCUACUACCACAAUAUUGAAACCUCCAACUUCCCAAAGCUGCUGCUAGCUUUGCUCGUCUACUGGAUUUUAGCUUUCAUCAUAAAAACCGUCAAGUUUGCCAAGUUCUGCGAGCAUGGGAUUUGGUUCACCCAGCUGAGGUUCUGCAUCACAGGUCUCUUGGUUGUGCUGUAUGGAAUGCUAUUGGCAGUGGAGAUCAAUGUCAUCAGAGUGAGGCGCUACGUGUGUUUCAAAAACCCCCCCGAGGUGAAGCCUCCUGAGGACUUGCAGGACCUUGGGGUGCGCUUUCUGCAGCCCUUUGUGAACCUCUUGUCAAAAGGCACCUACUGGUGGAUGAACACCUUCAUCACUUCAGCACACAAGCGGCCCAUCGACUUGAAAGUGAUCGGUAAGCUGCCCAUCGCCAUGAGGGCUCUCACCAACUACGUGCUCCUGAGGAAGGCUUUUGAGGCACAAAAGACAAAGGGUUCCAGUUCUCCUCAGGGAUCGAAAUCCAUUUGGUGUGCAAUGCGGCAUGCCUUCGGGAAGCCCCUGGUCCUUAGCAUCACAUUCCGGUUUCUGGCUGAUCUGCUGGGCUUUGCAGGGCCGCUGUGCAUCUCUGGAAUUGUUCACCAUCUCAGCAAGGAGAACAAGACCUUCCUCCCUCCGGUGAAAUUGCUGGGGGUUUAUUUCAUUUCCUCCCAAGAGUUCCUAGCCAAUGCUUAUGUUCUGGCUGUCCUUCUGUUCUUUGCCCUUCUCCUUCAAAGGACAUUUCUCCAGGCAUCCUAUUAUGUGGCAAUCGAAACUGGAAUUAAUCUGAGAGGAGCAAUACAGACAAAAAUUUACAAUAAAAUAAUGCGCCUCUGCACUUCGAAUAUGUCUAUGGGAGAGAUGACAGUGGGGCAGAUUUGCAAUCUGGUUGCCAUAGACACAAACCAGCUGAUGUGGUUCUUUUUCCUUUGUCCUAACCUUUGGGCCAUGCCAGUACAAAUUGUUGUGGGAGUGAUACUCCUGUACUACCUCCUUGGUAUUAGUGCCUUAAUUGGAGCAACAGUGAUUGCAGUACUUGCACCUGUACAGUAUUUUGUGGCUACAAAACUGUCCCAAGCUCAAAAAAGCACUUUAGAGUAUUCCAAUGAACGUUUGAAGAAAACCACUGAGCUCCUGCGGGGGAUCAAACUCCUGAAGCUUUACGCUUGGGAGCACAUUUUCCACGAUAGUGUUGAGGAGACGCGACAAAAGGAGAUGACCAGUCUCAAGGCUUUCGCUCUUUACACCUCCAUUUCCAUCUUCAUGAAUGCAGCUAUACCCAUUGCAGCAGUGCUGACUACGUUUGUGGUCCAUGCUCACCUGUCUGAGGAUGCUGACCUCUCACCAGCUGUAGCCUUUGCCUCGCUCUCCCUGUUCCACAUCUUGGUCACUCCCCUGUUUCUGCUUUCCAGCGUGGUGCGCUCAACUGUCAAAGCCCUGGUCAGUGUGCAGAAAUUGAGCGAGUUCUUCUCUAGUGAAGAGAUUGGAGAGGAGCACGAGUACAAGGCCGCUGUGCAGCUGAGCUCUGGCAGCCACACCAAAUACCAGGCCGUUCCCCUAAAAGUUGUUAACCGCAAACGGCCUGCUCGGGAAGACUGGAGCAGUUACAGCUCCCAAAGAGAGACAGAGAAGGAGACAUCAGUGGAAGAGGAUGUUUGUAUCAAGAUUACAAAUGGAUAUUUCACUUGGAUGCCUGAUGGAUCUCCUACAUUGUCCAAUAUUGAUAUAAGGAUUCCUUAUGGCCAAUUGACUAUGAUUGUAGGACAGGUGGGUUGUGGAAAAUCGUCUUUACUCCUGGCAGCCCUCGGAGAAAUGCAGAAGAUUUCUGGAAGUGUUUACUGGAACAGCAUGUCUGAUCACAAGUCAGAGGGAGAAGACAGCCCCAUUGAGAAGGACUCAGCCCUUGAUGGUGAUGUAAGAAAAAGAGGAUCUGUGGCCUAUGCUUCCCAGAAGCCCUGGCUUUUAAAUGCAACUGUGGUGGAGAACAUCAUCUUUGAAAUGCCCUUCAAUAAACAGAGGUACAAAGCAGUGAUUGAUGCAUGCUCCCUACAACCAGAUAUCGACAUUCUUCCCCAUGGAGACCAGACACAGAUAGGAGAGAGGGGGAUCAAUCUGUCAGGGGGGCAGCGCCAACGCAUCAGUGUAGCGAGGGCCCUCUACCAACAGACCAACGUGGUGUUUCUGGAUGAUCCUUUUUCGGCUCUCGACAUCCACCUCAGCGAUCACCUCAUGCAAGAUGGGAUCCUGAAGAUGCUGAGGGACGACAAAAGGACAGUGGUGCUGGUCACCCAUAAGCUCCAGUACCUUCCACACGCAGACUGGAUCAUUGCUAUGAAGGACGGUACCAUUCAGAGGGAGGGAACACUGAAGGACAUUCAGAACUCUGAGCCAGAGUUGUUUGAACACUGGAAGACCUUGAUGAACAGACAAGACCAGGAGCUGGAAAAGGAGACUGUUGCUGAAAGCAAGACUGUCCUGGAGAGGAAGAACCUGCGCAGAGCCAUGUACUCUAGAGAGGCCCUAAUGAAAACUGAGGAGGAGGAUGAAGAGGAGUCAAUUGAGAGCGACGAUGAAGACAACAUGUCAUCUGUCCUGCGGCAGAGGGCCAAGAUCCCCUGGCGGGCCUGUGGGACAUACCUGAGCUCGGCCGGCGUCCUCCUCCUUCCACUCCUGCUGCUCUCCCAGCUCUUCAAGCACUCCCUCAUGCUGGCCAUCGACUACUGGCUCGCCAAGUGGACGUCAGACGUCAUUUCAGCCAAAAUCAAUUCCGUCAAGAACUGCACUGUCAGCCAGGAAUGUAGAUUCAGCCAUUCGUCGUACUCCAUGGUGUUCAGCAUUCUCUGCUGCCUGGGGAUCAUACUGUGUCUAAUUACCUCUGUGGCUGUGGAGUGGACUGGUCUGAAGGUAGCAAAGGAACUGCACCACAGUUUGCUGAACAAGAUCAUAUUGGCACCAAUGAGACUAUUUGAAACAACCCCACUUGGAAGCAUCCUGAACAGAUUCUCAGCUGAUACGAACACCAUAGACCAGCACAUCCCUGCCACUCUGGAGUGCCUCAGUCGCUCCACCCUCCUGUGUGCGUCUGCACUGGCUGUCAUCUCGUACGUGACACCAGUGUUCCUCAUAGCACUCGUCCCACUGGCUGUGGCCUGUUACUUCAUCCAGAAGUACUUCAGAGUGGCGUCCAGGGAUCUUCAACAGUUAGAUGACAGCACUCAGCUUCCCUUGCUUUCUCACUUCUCUGAGACGGUGGAGGGACUGACCACUAUUCGGGCGUUUGGGUACGAAGCAAAGUUUAGACAAAAGCUGCUGGAGUACACAGAUGCCAACAACAUUGCCUCCCUGUUUCUUACAGCAGCAAACCGCUGGCUUGAAGUUCGCAUGGAGUAUAUAGGCGCCUGUGUGGUUCUCAUAGCAGCCGUGUCAUCCAUCACCAACUCUCUCUAUAACCAGCUGUCCUCAGGUCUUGUGGGUCUAGGCCUUACAUAUGCACUCAUGGUAUCAAAUUAUUUGAACUGGAUGGUGCGCAAUCUUGCAGAUAUGGAGGUACAGCUGGGAGCUGUAAAAAGAAUUAAUGGUCUCCUGAAGAUAGAACCUGAAAAUUAUGAAGGCCUUCUUUCGCCAUCACAGAUUCCAACCAACUGGCCCCAUCAAGGUGAAAUUCAAAUCCAGAACUUGAGUGUCCGCUAUGACAGCACACUCAAACCAGUCCUAAAACACGUCCAUGCCCACAUCAGCCCAAGACAAAAGGUUGGAAUAUGUGGGCGAACAGGAAGUGGGAAGUCCUCGUUUUCAUUAGCUUUUUUCAGGAUGGUUGACACAUUUGAAGGACGGAUUAUCAUUGAUGGGAUAGAUAUUGCCAAACUGCCUUUACAAACACUUAGAUCCAGGUUUUCAAUUAUUCUCCAGGAUCCCAUCUUGUUCAGUGGCACAAUUCGGUUUAAUUUGGACCCGGAAGGAAAAUGCACAGACAGCAUGCUAUGGGAAGCCCUGGAAAUAGCACAGCUGAAGCCUGUGGUGAAAGCACUUCUAGGAGGAUUAGAUGCAAUGGUCACAGAAGGAGGGGAAAACUUCAGCCUCGGGCAACGCCAGCUGUUCUGCUUGGCUAGAGCAUUUGUGCGGAAGAGCAGCAUUCUGAUCAUGGAUGAAGCCACUGCUUCUAUAGACAUGGCCACGGAAAACAUUUUACAGAAAGUUGUGAUGACUGCCUUUUCUGAUCGGACUGUGGUUACCAUAGCACACCGUGUCCACACCAUACUUAAUGCGGACCUGGUCAUUGUAAUGAAACGAGGAAUCAUUUUGGAGUAUGACAGGCCUGAGGUUCUGUUGGAACGGGAAGACAGUGUCUUUGCCUCUUUUGUACAAGCAGACAAAUAAUGGACAAACAUUGCAAGUGAAGUGCAAUUGUACUAUUAAUUCAUUUUUUAAUCAUGUAAAAUAUGUGUAAAAAAAUGAUUCUUUUAAUAAUAAAAAUCAAUUAUGGUAAUCAGUG